AUGACGAACGAGAGACUCGAGCGCGUUAUAGACCUGGUCGAGAUCAAAGACCUUCUAGUCCGGGAGAAAUCAUACCGGGACUCGUUGAACUGGACGGCGCUUCGCGAAGUCUGGCACCCCGACGCAUCGAGGACGAACAUCAAUAUCUCAUGGUACAACGGGGAUAUUGAUGGCUUCAUCGCGGGGUCCAAGGUCAUGGCCGAAAAGGGGCCCAAAGCCAGGCACGACAUCAACCCGGUAGAGGUGCACUUCAGUAGCAACAAUAAAAAGGCCUCCUCCGAGUCCAAUGUUCGAAUCCGCAACCGUACCGAGAUUGAAGGCACGUGGUACGACAUCACCUCGUACGGCCGGUUUAUCAAUCGUUUGGAGAAGUACCAGGACCAGGACCAGGACAAGGGGCAGGGGCAGAAGUGGUACAUGGUCAAGUUCGAGGCCAUUUACGACAACGAGACCUUGACGCCCACGUUUCCCACUGACAAGAUCCCCUCGACGAGGCCGCCCGUCGAGUAUAGAGAGAGUUAUAACGUGCUUGCGUGGAUGAUGGAGCGUACUGGGUUUCCAAUCAGUCAGGAUAUGCCGGGACUGGACAGGCCAGAGACUGUGGAAAGGAUCAUGCAGGAAGCAUUUGCGUGGCUUAAGGCGUGA